AUGUUUACUCCCACUGUAAAUCAAACAGACACAUUAUGUGUUCCGCGUGUUCAGAUUCAAGGACAACAGUAUCCGCCGAGAAUGCAUGAACAAACUGUUCAAAGUGAAGUAUUAUCAGCGAAACGUUUAUUGACAUGUUCUCCAUUAAGAGAGGAAUACAAAACAAGUACACGUUCAUCUGGUUAUUGUUCAAGUGAGUUAGAUAGUACACAUUUAUCUCCUCCAAAGGACAAUUAA